AUGGCUGGUUUGAAGAUUUGGUCUGUUUUUCUGGUUAUACUAUACCAUUUCUGUCAAAGAUGUACCCCAAGUGGAAUUUCAACACAUGUUGAAAUAGCGCAUAGAGCUCUGGAAUUUUUCAUGAAGCACGAAGGGAAUGUUAAUUAUAGACAGUUAUUACUAAACCACCAAGAUGCAUUUCAGGCUGGGAGCAUUUAUCCUGAUGCCUUUUAUCCUUCAAUCUGCAAACAUGGAAUAUUCCAUCAUGUGUCUGAAGACACUCACUGGUCACCAUUUCUCAGUACAAGUAUUCACUACAUCAGAAGGAAUUAUCCUCAGCCUUGGGAAGAGGAUACAGAGAAGCUGGUGGCUUUCCUGUUCGGAAUUGCCUCACAUAUGGUGGCAGAUGUUAGCUGGCAUAGCCUGGGCAUCGACCAAGGAUUUCUAAAGGCCAUGGGAGAAAUUGAUUUUCAUGGUUCGUACUCAGAAGCUCACAAUGUUGGCGAUUUUG